AUAAAUCAGCCCUUGGCCUUAGAGAGUCAAGCCAGUUUAUUACCAAGUAAAGAUUAACUAAGAUGAAAAUGAAGCUGUUUUCAUCAUCUUACCGCCAAGGUUUUUUCUUCUCUAUCUCUCAUAUUCUCAAUCUUGGCGUAAAGCCUUUUUGGAUUGAAGUAAGUUAUUUCAUGAUCCUUUCAUUGUUAGGUUUCUUAGCUUUGACUGUCUCAAAUCCUAGAACUCUACCAUCAUUUAGGCCUCAAAACCUAGAUGUAUUUUUCACUUCUGUUUCUGCUGCCACAGUUUCUAGCAUGUCCACUGUUGAAAUGGAGGUUUUCUCGAAUGCUCAACUUGUCUUCAUAACCAUGUUAAUGUUUCUUGGUGGGGAGGCCUUUACCUCUUUUCUUAGACUUCAACUCAUGAAGCCCAAAAUUUCCAUGGAAAAAACGGUUUUACAAAACAAAAUUGAAUCUUCAAACUCUAUUACUAGCAUAGAUUGUCACGACAAUUCAAACUCUACUAGGAACACUAUCCAUCAUCUUGAGCUAGGACAUGAAAAAGAGGAUAAUAAUUUAGAACAUGCAAUAAUCAAUUCUAUGGAGGACAGUGAGGCAAUUGUCAAAUUGAAGUCUUUAAGAUUCUUGAGUUAUGUGGUUUUUGGUUAUAUUCUAUGUGUUGUUGUUCUUGGUUCUUCCUUAGUUUCUAUCUACAUAAGCAUUAUUCCCAGUGCAAAACAAGUUCUCGUAGAAAAAGGGCUUAACUUGCAUACUUUUUCCCUCUUCACCACAGUUUCAACAUUUGCAAAUUGUGGGUUUGUCCCUACAAAUGAAAACAUGAUGGUUUUCAAGAAAAAUUCAGGCCUUCUUCUCAUUCUUAUCCCUCAAGUCCUUUUUGGAAACACAUUGUAUGCUCCUUGCUUACGCCUCACUAUUUGGUUUCUUUGGAAAAUCACAAAGAGAGGAGAGUUUGAGUAUAUCAUGAAGAACUCAAAACGAGUAGGAUACUCACAUAUUUUUCCAAAUUUGGAAACCAUGGCUAUUGCAACUACUGUUCUGGGAUUCAUAUCCAUUCCGUUUGUUGUCUUUUGUUCAUUGGAAUGGAAUUCUGAAGCCACUGCUGGAUUGAGUUCUUAUGAGAAGCUGGUCGGAGCAUUAUUUGAAGUUGUGAAUACAAGGCAUACUGGUGAAUCUGUGUUCGAUCUUUCAACCCUUACUCCAGCAAUCUUAGUAUUAUUCGCCUUAAUGAUGUAUCUAUCAUCCUAUACUUCUUUUUUGCCAGUUGAUAGUAAUGAAGAGUGCUUGGAUACUACAGAAAGAAUGAACAAGAGAAAAGGGAGCAGCUUCGUGGAGUACAUAUCAUUCUCACAGCUUUCUUAUUUGGUCAUUUUCACUAUUCUUAUUUGUAUUACAGAGAGAGAGAAAAUGAAAAAUGAUCCCCUCAAUUUCAAUGUACUCAACAUCGUCUUUGAAGUCAUCAGUGCAUAUGGGACUGUUGGAAUGUCAAUGGGCUAUAGUUGUGCAAGGCAAUUAAAACCAGAUAACCAUUGCAAGGAUGCAGCAUAUGGAUUUGCUGGAAAGUGGAGUAAUAUGGGAAAGUUCAUUCUGAUUAUUGUCAUGUUUUUCGGAAGGCUGAAGCAGUACAGUAAACGAGGUGGCAAGGGUUGGAAAGUAUUAUAACAUCUAAAUGAGUACUUUAGCUUACCAUCUAUGCAGAGCUGUGUGUGUAAAAAAAGAAUAAUAAUAAUAAUAAUAAUAAUAAUAAUAAUAAUAAUAAUAAUAAUAAUAAUAAUAAUAAUAAUAAGCAACUAGCUAGUAAUGCAACUUAUUUUGACGUC